AGUUAUUACAUUUUUUUGGUCCGUCGAGUCGGGCUCUUGCCCUGGCGGAGCGUCGCCACUGCCCCCCCGUCGUGCUGGUACCUUUCCUUCAUGCCUCCAGCUGGUCUGGAGCGUGUGGGAGUGGGGUUGCUACGCGCGGGUGUGUCUGUGGCCCCCGCCUUGCUUGUUGCUGCUGCUGCGCUUUACGCGGCAGUGCACGGCUCUGUUAACUACCUUUGGCAAGGGGGUAUGGGAGGAUGGGUUUGGAGGAUUUGGUUGGAGGAUCUUGUUGGUAGGGGGAUUGAGGAUGGUGGAGUCGAAGGAUGGAUGCGUUCCGGCCUCUCAUCAAUGACGCACGCACGCACGCACGCACGCACGUAUGCACGUAACGAGAUACGAGACGAGAGAAAUGCCAACGGGAAUGUCUGUCCAUGCGUAGACCACUUGGUUGCUUGGUUGCUUGCGUGCAUGUGCAUUCUGCUUGGUGUUGUCAUUAACAGCCCGCCUGCCUGCGCGCCUAUCUACCUACCUACCUACCCAGCCAUGCAGCUUAUCUCGUCCGAUCUCCAGCCAGGUAGCCAGGCUGCCAGAUAUCGUCCGAUCACAUUAAGGUUUCGCAGUAGCACUGCGCAGCACUGCAGCAUUGCAGCACGCGCGACACUGCCUUCUUUUGCUUUUCUUUUCUUUUCUUUUGGCGACCACGUAUCCGGCCGCUUUUCCUUGGGAACAGCCAGCGCAGCGCGUGCGUCGCUAUGGCACACGACAGACGCGGCUGUGUGUGUGCGUAUGUACGGAGGAAUGGAGUGGAGGCGGCGCUGUUGGCGUUGGCGGCAUGGUUGUUGCUGCCCGAGCGGUAAAAGAGUUGCCGAAGCUGCCUGGAUGUCUGCACUGCGCUAUGCCGCACGCGUUGGGGCCUGAUUCGAUAGGCAUAUGUAUCUGUGCUUGAUUGGGUUGGG